AUGGACGCACCUUCCAAUCACCCUCAGCGAGGUGACGACAGCUCGCAGAGUGAAAUCCCCCCCCAGCACUCUUUCGAUACUCAAAAUGAAGUUAUGAUCGCCUCGAAGCCUCCAGCCUCGCAUACUUCGCAACUGUUGAAUGUACCUCCCCGGAGCAGCUUACCCGGCAAGAAGCAAUAUAAGAAUGCGAAAGUGGCCAUCCCGCGGCAGAGAACGAGUGUCGUUCCUGGUUACAGUCGACGUGUGCCUCUUGCCUGCGAAUCCUGUCGGGGGCGGAAGACUAAGUGUAGUGGCGACACGCCGGUUUGCAGACAGUGCAAAGAAUUGAGGGUGACUUGUAAGUAUCCGGCAUCAUGGAGGGAACGAACCAAAGGGCAAUUGGACAGUCUCUCGACAAAGGCCGAAGCGUAUGAGAAGCUCUUGAGAGACAUUGGGAAUAUUGUCGAUGGCAGGACUGCAGAACAAAUUAGAGUCACUCUGGAUAAGGUCUGUGCGCUUUGCCAUUAUUCUGGUUCGGGUGGCGAGCGGGCUUCUACUGGCUCGCAAUCCAGCUCAGCUACGCCGCAGGAUAAAGACAGCUACCUUGAAGAAAUGAGCUCCUCCUCUUCUAUUGGAUCCCUAGACGCCAUCGACCGCGUGGAAGAGGAUGUAAAUCGAACUCCGAAUUCUCGAGCUACAGGUUACAUGGGGAAGAAUUCAGAGGUUACCUGGAUGCAGAGAUUGCGAAUGGAGACAGAACAACGCCUCCGGAAAGAACCAGGGCCCUAUGAAGCUGAGCCCGAGGGAGAAUUCGCCCUACACUCGAUGAACUAUCAUUUGGACGAUCUAGAUGUCUCGGUUCCUGGCCCUGUGCAGGUGUAUUGGAUCCCUCCUCGCCCUUUGGCAGACAAGUUAUUUGAAGACUACUUGGAAACGGUGCACCCGUUUUAUCCUAUCAUCAGCCGUACACUGUUCCGCGCCCAAUACAGAACCUUCUUUGACAGUACUGCUCGGCCUGGCGAUAAAUGGCUGGCCAUCCUUAACUUGAUAUUCGCGAUCUCCGCCAAACAUGCUCAUUUAACGCAGGCACCGUGGCGUGGCGAUGACAACGAUCAUUUAGUCCAUCCCGAUCUUCAGCAAGUGCAGGUCGAGGGCUUGGUUGCUUUUUAUCUUAUGGCAUCAGACCAAAUCAACCGAGCUUGGAAGAUCACCGCGUUGGCUGUUCGUUCGGCAAUCUCACUCGGGUUGAAUAUGAAGAACACAAGCGAAAGCACGCCUGGUAUCUCAAAGGAGGCGCGAUAUAGGGUCUGGUGGUGUGUCUAUACUUUUGAACAUAUGCUUGGGAUCAUGACGGGCAGAGUUUCUUGCAUCACGGAUGGGAUAUGUACAACACCGUUGCCUCUACCGUUCGAGGAAGACCAACUCCGAGAGCCAGCUGCGGCUAAGCUUCUCAACGAUCAAGACCUUCGCCAGGAGCUGGUGGAAUCGGCUUUGGCAAGCACCCUCGUUCGCCACAUGCCCUCAAAUCCCACGGGAGGUAAGGAGGCUCGACAUACAGACAAACUGCGUGACGCUGCUUGGCUGAAGAGUCAACCCGCCAGUAAGACGCUUAUAUUUCUGUAUUAUGUGGACCUGGCAGUUGUCGCUCAGGAAAUCGUCAACCGGGUGUAUUCGCUGGACUGUGCCAUGGUACCUUGGAGGCACAUCGAGAACCGCAUUGGGGAGCUUCGAUCCCGAAUUGACAUAUGGUACACCAACCUUCCGGAGGCUUUGGACUUCACCCGGCGGGACGACCAAGGUACGGAUAUGCUUCGUGGAAAGCUUUUCUUGGCGUUCCACUACUACAGUGCUCGAAUCACCUUGGGGCGUCCGUGCCUGUGUCGCCGCGAUGCUCGGCACACUAGCCCUCAGCAAAAACCCUCUUUUAGCCAUGAAAUGGCAGAGAUAACUCUAAAUUCUGCACGGCAGAUGCUGGACUUGAUUCCAGACGAACCUAACGCUGUCCAACUCUACCAUGUUUGUCCUUGGUGGUGCGUUCUGCACUAUCUCAUGCAGACGGCUACAGUUCUCCUGCUCGAGUUGUCGUUCGGUUGCAUUCAUAUGCCAGCCGAAGAGAGAGGUAUUUUUGAAGCGUCAAAAAAAGCCAUACGCUGGCUUUUUGCCAUGUCCGAAUGUAGUCUCCCAGCACGGCGUGCAUGGGAACUGUGUGACAGUAACCUUCGACGAAUCGCCAUCGGCAUGGAUUAUGACUUAAGUGACCUUCCAGCCCUAAAUUUUAACCCAACCUCGCACGUCCAUAUGGCCUCAAAUACUGGUGGUAAUGCUGGUAUGGGUGUAUCUGUCAGCCAGACAGCGCCGCCUAUGCCUAUUUUCUACGACACAGUUGGAGGCCCAAACCAACAUCCGGUUCAGACUCAAUACCAUUAUGACCAGAACCAACAAGCGUACUCUGGAGUGCCAGCACUUGAUCCGAUUUCGACGACCCUUGCACUUUCUGCUUCUGGAACUGAUGCCUUUUUCCCUUACGACCCCAUCAGUGGGGAGUUUAUUCGCUCCUUCUUCCCCAUUCCCAAUGAAGAGGAGCCAUGGGAACAAAAUUAA